AUGCAACGCAAGGGUCCCCAAAUCAGCAGCGUCGAUCGACCUUUGCCCAAGGGGAAAAGCGAAGUGAGCCUCAGCGCGUUCGCGUUCUUGUUUUCGGAGAUUGUACAGUAUCACAGGACACGCGCUAGUAGCAUCGCCGAACUUGAACGGAGGCUCGAAGAUGCUGGAACAGGAGUGGGGGUGAGGAUGUUGGAGAUUUUAUCAUACAGGGAGAAAGGCAACCGACGAGAAAUCAGAUUACAAGGUAUUCUGCAGUUCAUCAACACGAACAUUUGGAGGUGUUUGUUUGGGAAGGUUGCAGACUCCCUUGAGGUGUACAACGAUGACGAGUACGUCAUCAGCGAUCGAAGUCCGCUGGUGAACAGAUUCAUCAGUGUGCCAAAAGACCUGGGCGACUUGAACUGCGCGGCUUUUGUGGCUGGCAUUAUUAAAGGAGUGCUUGAUAUAGCUGGUUUUCCCGCUGAGGUCAGCGCAUACUAUGCGCCUGUUGAGGGACAGAUUCAUCCAAGGACAAACUUCUUCAUGAAGUUUUCUCCUGAGGUUCUUGAUAGAGAGGCUCGGCUCGGGACUUGA